GUUUAGGUCAAUCAGAACACUUUUUGCACACUACAGAUUCUUUUUGAGAUUUCGGGAUGUAUACUUCAAUAGUGAAUAAUGAUAACAACUGAGUCUAGUAUCUUCUCACUUCAAAGUGCUCAUGUAUGAAAGUCAUGAUACUUUUAAUGGCAAUCUUAUUUGUGAUAUAAAACUUUCGGAGAAAGCUGAUGUAAAAAGGAUAAUAUUUUUGAUAAACGGGAAUUCCUCUUUUCAUGGGAAGUUGAUACUCGUUGAUUCAAAAUUGUAUGGCGAAUUUACAAGAUUUUUAGAAUUUUUGAACCUCCAGUUGUCACAGUUUUUGCUAAGAGGCCAAAAAAUCAAAAGAGUUCUAACUCCACGUGGUAGAAACUCUGUGCACUCAGUAUCACAGCUUUGUAGUGGUGGGCUUUAUGUAUGCGCUGGUAAUGAACCUUUUAAAAAAUUGAACAAUUCAUACCUCCUGGGGAAAGCAGAUGAAAAGGAUCUAAACAUACAAAUGAAUGAUUUGUCCAAAAUUAAUCCGUUACUUAAGAGGCCUAAAGUGAAAGAAUUAACAAAAUCGAAUCGCAUAUCGAAAAUAAUAUUACCUGAAAUCAACCAUCGUGAUAAUAUUUGCACGAACUUAAAAAUCAUCUCAUCUGUAAAACAUAAUUUUUAUGCCAAGGACUUCAGUAGUGUCACAAAUAAAUUAGAUAUUAGUAAAGUCUCUCGUGUCCCUGGUUAUGAUGGGCAAUUAAUUGACAAUGAUCGCAAUACUGAUAAAACGUUGAAUAAUAAAAACACAAUAAAAAUAACAAAAAUACUACGCCUUUUACCAACUGACAAUCAAAAAUACGGCGGACGUAGAAUAACUGUUGUACGUUGUAAUCCUGGUGGGAAAGGACGUACAAGUUUGACUGUUAUCAUGGCUCGAAGAUCGGUGCACACAUUGGGUCAAGUAAUGUGCGAACUAACUGAAGCAUUUGGUUCACGCUGGCAUAAUGAUCCUAUUAGAAAUUUGUAUUCAUUAACUGGUCGCGAAAUAAGAUCUGUGAAUGAAUUAUUUCGUAAGGACAAGGUUUUCAUUGCGUCUGGAUUCCAUAAAAUGUUUAGAAAUAUUCAUACUGAAUUGAACAAAAGUAACAAUGUGGAUAAUACUACUACUAGGACUAAUAAUUAUAUUAAUGAUUAUACUCAUCAAUCCGUGAAUUGCAAUAAUUUUCAACAAUCAUUUCACUAUGGAUUACUUUCAAAUUGGGACAGAAAUGGUAAUACUGUAAAGAAUAAUGCUGCGGAACUAAAACCAGAAGAUAUAAGAGCUAUUUUAUCGGAAUUUUGGCCAGAUCAUCCUGAUCCAUCCAGUGUAGUUUACCAAUGGGAGCGUCGUUUACGAAGUCGAGGUUUGGGAACGAAAUCCAGUCAACAGUUUGAUGCAAACAAGCAUUUAUUUGAGAUUCCAAAAUCAAAGCAAAAAUUAUCACUGAAAACAAACAAUAUCAUUUCCAAUAUGAAAUAUUCGUCGAAUGAAUCAUUUAUAGAAAAUGAGAAAAAAGAUAGUGGAUUUGAUGAGUUAACAAUUAAUAAUAACAUUUUACCUAAAAUUGAUGAAGAGCAAAUUCAUGGAGAACAAUCUAUUUCAUCCACAAAUAAUUCUAUUAAUUUUAUUAAAGAUAAAUCAAACAAAUUAUCAACUAUAGAAACUCAUUCAAAAUUACUAAAACAAAUCAAUUCCCCUCAACAACAUCCUGAUUAUGUAAAACCAAAUCACAAUUACUCAAAUUUUAAAGUAGAUUAUUCCCCUCCUUCAAAUGUAGAGGAGAAUAAUUUCUUUCAUCCAGAAAAAGUCUAUGAAGAAUUAUCAUUAAGUAAUAAAUCCAGUAUAAAAUUACAUGAGAACACUUUCAAUUCAAAAAAAUUAAUAAAAUCUCAAGUAUUAAAACCGGACGACAUUAAUAGCGAUAUGAAUAAUACGUUACUUCAUAUGAAUUCAGUCACAUCAUUUUCACCGUUCUAUUAUUCAGUUUAUCAACAGAAUCUUUCAAGAAAUCAACAGAAAUCAUAUCAAAUUCCAGUGUAUCCUUUCCAUUCUCCUUUUUUAUUGUCAACUUCACUAUUUCAACAACAACAUAGAAAUCAUCAGUUGAAAAAAUCGGAUAGUUUAAGUAAACUAUUAUCAAGAUAUCAUAACUGUUUACAGAUUGGUGAAAGAGUUCUUCAACGAACUGAAAAUCGUCGUCAUGAAUUGGCUAUGAAAGAAAAUAAAUUACCAGAAAAUCACUAUGUUGAUAAAGUGGCUGAUCGAACUUCACUAGAAAUUAAAACUCAAGAGAAGGAUCUUUUGACAUUAACUAACUGUCAUAAAGAUAAAGUCCAAAAUCUAAAUAAUAAUUCAACCAAAUUAACUAUGAAUACAUAUACUACUGCUAUUGAUAAUAAUAAUGCACAGAUCAAUAAGAUUGGACCACAUACAGAGGAGCUAAUACAACAUUCUUCUAAAUUAACGAAUCAGUCAUUCAUUGCACAACAAUUUAAAUUAAAUCAACAACCGAAAACAAACACAUCGGUUACUAAUAAUAAUGCAUCUAGUAUUACUAAAAAUAAAGAUGGUAACACGAGUAGUGUCAUCAAUAAAACGCAAAGAAACAUCAGCAAUAUCACAUUUGGUAAACAAUCUCAUCAGUUAUUACAGUCAAAUCAUAAUGUAAAAACAAAUGAUAAUACUAAUCACUGCAGUAAUAAGGGAUUUAUUGAGAAUGGACAAUCAUUAGUUGACACUAACACAUCAGUAUUAAUCACUGAUAAAUCCAAAAUCCAUGAAAAUCAUAUUAUUAGUGAUAAAGACAACAACAUAGAGAUAGAAACUAAACUCCAGAAAAUGGAUCAUAUUUCGGAUGCCACGAAAAAUAAUCACUCACCUGGGAUUCAAACGGAAAUUUCAGCCGAAAAAAAAUCAUUGUCCGUUGCACAUGGUCUUCUAAAUGUAAAACAAAAGUCCUCCGAAAUUCUAAUGAAAAAAACAUUUGAUAAAGAUAUAAAUCAAGUACCAAAACAGAAUAACAAUGAUAUCACUAGAUGUAAUGCUAACAGAGAUAUUAUAACGCAACAAAAUUUGAAUACAAAUACACCAGAUGUAGUUAAUAAUAACAUUACCACAACUGCUGCUACUAAUAUUAAUCAUAUCACUUCUGUAAAAAUAUUAGAUGUUUCUGAUAGUACACAACAAAAUUUAAUUGCAAAUUGUUUUACAGUUAGUGGAUUUAAAAAACCCAAUAAUGAUAAAUUGAAAUCAGUUUAUACGGCAGUUGGAGUAACAUAUGUUUCAGAUCCUGAUUAUUUAUCGAAACGUUAUCAAGUUGGUCGUAAACUAGGUGAUGGUAAUUUUGCUAUUGUUAAACUAGGAAAAAGGCGGGAUACAAAUGAUCAGUAUGCUUUAAAAAUAAUUGAGAAAAGUAAACUUACGGGUAAAGAAGCCAUGUUAUUAAACGAAAUUCAUAUAUUACAUCAUUGUCGUCAUCCAAAUAUUGUACGUUUAUAUGAGGAAUUUGAAACUGCAAGUGAAAUAUGGCUUGUUAUGGAAUUUAUUAAAGAUGGUGAUCUGUUUGACGGAAUUACUCAAGCAACAAAGUUCACUGAACCAAUAGCUGCUGGAAUAGUAUCUGAUUUAGCCAGUGCUUUAUUUUAUUUACAUUGUCGAUCUAUUGUACAUCGAGAUUUAAAACCUGAAAACAUAUUGUUAUUACGACAGAAAAACGGUCAAAUACGAGUCAAACUUGCGGAUUUUGGACUGGCUUUAGUGGUGAAAAAAAGUAUGUACACUGUAUGCGGAACUCCGACGUAUAUUGCUCCAGAAAUAUUGGAAGAAUCAGGUUAUGGUCUUGAAGUCGAUAUGUGGGCGUUGGGGAUUAUAACCUAUAUUAUGUUAUGUGGGUUUGCUCCAUUUCGUAGUACUGAUCGAAGACAGUCAAAGUUAUUUGAAAGUAUAAAACGAGGUCAUUUUGUAUUCCUGAGUCCUUAUUGGGAUAAUAUAUCAACAUAUGCCAAAGAUUUGAUCACUUCACUUUUAGUUAUUACACCGAAAUCAAGAUUAACAGCUCGUGAAACUUUAGCUCAUCCAUGGGUUUUUGGUUCUGGUUUACCGAAUUUAUCAGAAGAAUUUGAAAAACGUCGAUUAGAUUAUCGAAAUGAAUUAGAAAAAAAGCAUAAUGAAUUUAAACAAUCAAUAAAUGAAAAAAAUCCAAUUGAUUUAUUUGAUAAAAAUAAUACUAAUAAAGAUCAUAUUAAUCAAAAUGUUAAACUUAACGAUAUAAAGAAAUUAGAAUUGCCAAAAAUUACAAAAAUCAAAGAAUUACAUAAUUAGAUUACGGAAUCUAUUUUCAUAAUCAUAGAAUUUUCAUGCAAUUGUUGAUAAUGGUGGAGUUUUUAUUCUCUAAGUUACAAAUCUUCUCCACCACUGUUGAUCAUGAAUGAUCUCAAAAUGUUCUUAUUUUUUGUUGUCUUUGAUAUUUUCAUCUUUUAAGAAUAUUGAAAAGCAGCAUUUAUGAUUAUUAUUAGUAUUUUCGUUUAUAAUAAUUAAUGAUUCUAUACAUUCAUAAUGAAUAAAGGUUAGAAUUAGAGUUCAUUAUAAUAAUUAACUAAAGUCUAUCUUUUUAAUUAAACAAUAAUGCUGUCAAUGAUUCCAUAUUUUUUUGUUGUAUUGUAUAAUACCGUGUCUUUCAUUAAAGAAUAUUAUGAUUUAUGAUUUUUUUUUAAUUGUUAGGUAAUAGAAAAACCAAAGAUAAAAUAACAUUGUCUAAGUUAUAAAUAAUAAAAAAAAUAGAAUAAAAUCUUAUUUUGUAAACAGUUUUGUUAUAAUUUUUAAGUACGGACAGCAACAGCAACAAAAACAACAACAACAACACCAACAACAAAAACUGUAUGUACUUUAGAAAUUUAUAUAGAAUAAAGAGGAAUAUGAUAGAUAAAAAUACAUUAUGAAUAAAGAAUAUGAUUCUUCUUUUACAUUUCCCAUAAACAUCCCUCUUUCUAUUUUAUUUUAUUUUUUUUCAUUAUUUAUUUUUAACUCUUUAUUUGUUGUUGUUGCUGCUUUAUUGUUAUUAUUAUUAUUGAUUAAUUAAUUAAUUAAUCAAUUAUUUUUUAAGUGUUUAUCACCACCAUCAAUUAGUCUGCGUGUAAAUGUUUCCGUUUAUUAUAAUAAUUGAUAUAAACUUAUUCUUUUUAUAUAUAGUUAAUUGAAUGAAUCUUUUUUAUUUCAUUUUGUUACUUUUGAAUUAAUCUAUAUUAUGACAAUGAGAUAUACAUAGACAAUCUGAUUCAAUUUAGUUAUUGAAUUUAAUGACACAGUAAUGGUUGUUACUUUUUAUUUUCUUCAUAAACUGAUCAGUUGUUUCUUUACUCAUAUUGAUUUUUUGGUUUUCAUAUUUGAUUUAGAAUUGGAGGAAAGUAUUUUGUAAAAUCAAAAAGUCAAUUAUAAUGCACCAUAAUCUAGAUUAUUAACACAAAAUGACAAAUAUAACUAUUGUAAAGUGAUAGGUUAGGUAAAAGUUAAGUAAUCAAAUUAUUGUAAUUAUUACUAUUAUUAUGGAAAUAUACUUGUAGAUUUGGAAAAA